AUGACCACGGUCAUUUCCUUUGCUGCCAGCUGCUGUGGUGCUGCAACAUGCUCGAUGGUUUGCAGCGCCUGCGGGAAGUGCGGCAACAGUGUCGCAACCCGUAUCGCAUACGCCCUCAUCCUCCUCGUCAACUCGAUAUUGUCCUGGAUCAUGCUUACACCAUGGGCCAUCGAGAAAUUACAACAUCUCACGCUGGACUAUGUGAAGAUAAAUUGCCCGACCGGCCAAUGCCAUGGCUGGUUUGCGGUCCAUAGGAUCAACUUCGCUCUCGGUCUAUUCCACCUUGUGUUCGCAGGAUUGCUUGUUGGGGUCACCUCGUCCAAGAGCCCUCGAGCUGCAAUUCAAAAUGGCUUCUGGGGUCCCAAAAUCAUCACUUGGUUGGCGCUGAUUGUCUUGUCGUUCCUCAUUCCGGACGGCUUCUUCAUGUUCUGGGGCAACUAUAUCUCUCUGUUCGCCGCGAUGCUUUUCCUCAUACUCGGUCUCAUCCUGCUCGUCGAUCUCGCUCAUACCUGGGCGGAGUAUUGUCUCGAACAAAUCGAGAACACUGACUCCCGUGUAUGGAGGUCCGUCUUGAUUGGGUCCACUUUGGGCAUGUAUUUGGGGUCUCUCGCCAUGACGAUUGUCCAGUACUUUUUCUUCGCCUCAAGCGGCUGCUCUAUGAACCAGGCCGUCAUCACGAUCAACCUUCUCUUGUGGCUAGGUGUCUCGGCUGUCUCGGUGCACCCGAUGGUUCAGGAGUACAAUCCGAAGGCAGGUCUCGCGCAAGCCGCCAUGGUAGCAAUUUACUGCACCUACUUGACCAUGUCUGCUGUCUCCAUGGAGCCUGAUGAUGGACAUUGCAACCCUAUGGCAUUUUCUGCGGGUACACGAACCACAACGAUUGUUCUCGGCGCUAUCGUCACAAUGCUCACCGUUGCAUACACCACGACUAGGGCUGCGACGCAGAGCCUUGGACUGGGGAACAACAGAGGGGGUAUCCGUCUUCCUGACGAGGAUGAGCACGAUCUUGUCACCACACAACCGAGCACAACGCGCCAGAUGCGGGCUGAGGCCCUCCGCAGGGCUGUCGAAGAAGGAAGUCUGCCAGCGGAUGCCCUGCUUUCCGAUGACGAGGACGAGGAGUCUGGCGGCAACGCUGCGCAUGACGAUGAGCGCACGAGCACACAAUACAAUUACGCGAUGUUCCACAUUAUAUUCUUCCUAGCUACUGCAUGGAUAGCUACAUUACUGACACAAGGCUACGAGGAUUCGAAGCGUGAUGGCGACUUUGCCACUGUUGGGCGGACAUAUUGGGCCAGCUGGGUGAAGAUCGUCAGCUCCUGGUUCUGCUACCUCAUGUAUGUGUGGACGUUGAUUGCACCAGUCGUGCUGCCGGACCGAUUUGAUUUCUCCUGA